AUGAGCCCUCGUACCGCUGUCGUUCUCAUUGAUCCGCUCAAUGACUUCCUCCAUCCCGAUGGAAAGUUGUAUCCUCUUAUCAAGGCUAGCUUGGAGUCGUCCAACUCCCUCGAACAUAUGAAAGAGCUGGUUGCCGGCGCAAGAGAAGCCCGCAUUCCUAUCUUCUAUGGUCUUCACCAAAUCACCAAGGAUGGAACUUACUCGGGCUGGAACCACAUGAAUGAGUCGCAGAUUCGAAUUAAACAGAAUGUGGCCUUUUCGGAAGAGUUUGGUGGCCAGAUCCUGAAAGAACUAGAACCUCAGCCUAGCAAUGGAGAUGUAGUUGUCUCUCGACACUGGAAUAGCAGUUCCUUUGCGAACACCGACCUGGAGUAUCAACUCCGGCAGCAUGACAUCACUCAUAUUGUGUUGGCAGGCUUGACCACCAACACAUGUGUAGAGGCAACUGCGCGUGCUGCUCGCGAAAUUGGCUUCCAUGUUACUUUGAUUACUGAUGCAACUGCGGCAUUUUCGAUUGAGUUGGAAAAAGCAGCAGUCAAUCUGGUUUGGCCCGUGAUCGCAGACCAGCUUAUGACGGUCACCCAGUGGGUAUCUUCCUUCUCAAAGGGGCGUAUUUGA